AUGGCGAUGCUGAAACAACUGACGGUAAAUGUACCAUUGGUUGAGGCACUUGAACAGAUGUCAGGAUACGCCAAGUUUAUGAAGGAGCUAAUGACAAAGAAAAGAACGGUGAGCUAUGAACCAGUGGACAAUCUCCACCACUGUAGUGCUAUUUCUACAAGAUCCUUAGCUCAAAAGAAGGCGGAUCCUGGAGCAUUCACCAUCCCGUGCACUGUCGAGUCAUUGGAUUUUGAUAAAGCACUAUAUAGAUCUGUGAAGCAAUCGGAGGGAAUAUUUGUAUUCCCUGCUGAUUUUGUGGGGCUUUAUUAUGAUGUAGAUUUGGACGUGCCUAUCAUCUUGGGUAGACUAUUCUUGGCGACUGGGAGAGUAAUUGUUGACAUGGAGCUGAAUAAGCUCAAAUUCAGGCUAAAUAAAAGCGAGGUUGAAAGAGAAUAUUCUUAUGGCACCAAACAUAAGAGAAAGAGACAAGAAGAUGAUGAGAAUGAGAGAAAAGCCAAGAAAAAGGCAAAGAAGAAGAAGAAGGCUGAGAAAUUGGAGGCGGAAAAGAUACUACAGGUUGAUGAUGAGAUUACAGAAUAG